AUGUUUCCUUUAUCUUUAAUGACCAUCUCCACCGUCCUUUCGUCACUACUUGGUCUUGCUACAGCACAAGUCCCAACUGUUGUUUACAGAGCCGAUUUUAGGUCACCUUCGGAUAUUAAGUUCGGGACACCCUUUUAUCACGGCUACAGUGCUGAUUCCUUUUCCACGAAAAGGAUUGCCCGAUAUUAUGACCCAGGAACAAAAGAACUCGUGCUUAACAGCAUCGAAUACCGCCCAUAUGACCUCGUCCAGAAACGCUUGACGCGUUUUAAAAAAUCAUCUACUCCUAUCUCAACAUCAUCUAACAGGGAUUUCGCCAAGGAAUUUGCCCUGAGAAUCACCAAUCGCCGCCGAAUCUAUAUUUAUUACAUCGACACGACCCAAAACGAGCUUCUUGAUAUUGCUGCCAUAUACAAAGAAUACGGCAAAACCUACCCCGUUCCAGAGGAGGCUGAAUUUCUAGUCUUGUCCAAAGUCCGAUGGCGUAGUAUUGUGGGAUGGAUUGAAUUCGAUCCGGUGGGGAUGGAAUCUACCCUCGACGUGCUCGGGACUGGUCCUUCCCGCACCCGCAAGACCUCCGAGAGCAGGUUUUAUGUUAACGAAGCCUAUUGGGGUACAGUUAAAGUGAAUGAAAUCGGUGAUAUUAUCAAGGGAAGCGGGUUACAUGGUGACGAAAUGCUUGCUCGUCACAUAGGGAUUCGUGAGCGAUGA